UAUCACAAUCAGCAUUGAAUAUUCAACAAUUAGAGCGAACAAGUAAUUAUUUACGAGUAAAAAUUGACCAAGAUAACUGUAUGCAUAUACAUAUUUAAUAGGUUAUUAAGAUCUGUUCGUGAGUCUUUCAUCAAAUGUUUUUGAUCAAUAGUAAUAAUAACAAUAGUAAUAAUAAUUGCAAUGUCUACACAAGAUAGUUUGGUUAUAAGUGGACAGUUAGAAAUAUAUCUCCGUAAUACAUGGAUACCAAUCAAAGCAACUUUGCAAAAUGAUGCUUUGGUUAUUGAAUUGGAACACACUCCAAGUAUUUCUAGCAAUCACCACGAAGAUAUUUCCACUGCAAAACGUCUGGUACGUAUAACAAAAGAAGAACUAAAUGGUCUAGGAAUCAGUAUUAAAGGUGGUAGAGAAAAUAAGACACCAAUUCUAAUCAGUAAAAUAUUUAAGGGUAUGGCAGCUGAACAAACUGGUCAACUGAAUGUUGGUGAUGCAAUAUUAUCUGUAAAUGGUGAAGAUCUACGGAAUAGUACACAUGAUGAAGCAGUUCGGGCAUUAAAACGUGCUGGACGGAUUGUUGAAUUAGAAGUAAAACAUAUGCAUGAAGUGACACCGUAUUUUCGAAGGGCAGUAGGGAUGGAAACUAUAGCAUGCUCUGCUGAUCUCAGUUGGCCUACUAGUCAGCUCGGUAAUCUGGUCCCAUUCGGAGCUAAUGAUACCACUGGUAAAAAUGUCACAUCAACAAGUAGUAUAGAGCAUCCAGGACGUUCUGGUGGUCCUGGUGUAGUGCCGUUAAGAUUAACACAUUUAGUAAGAGAUUUAACAUUACCAGAUGUGACUGGUUGUUGUUUUGAGUUACACAGUUCAGAUGGUCGACGUUCAUGUCUACUCCGUGCACCAGAUGCUCAAGAAGCUCGAAUGUGGUUUGAUGCAAUACACAGUAAAAUGAAAAUUAUAAAUAAAUCUUAUUUGGCUGAACUAAAUCGUCUACUUCCCCCAACCCAAGAACUUAAACAACUGGACUGGUUAGUGGAAUUACGGUGUACUGGUUCUGAUUUACCAAAUAGAGGAGGUGAUCAUAUGGAUGAUAUAAAUGGUAAUAUUGUAAGCGAUAUUCUAUCAGCUGGAGAUCACACGACAGCAACAGCACAUUCCCAACUUGUUCAUACAACAUGGAAACCAGUAUUCGCAGCUUUAUCUGAUAGAGAUUUACUAUUGUAUGACACUGCUCCUACAUCUAAAGAAGAAUGGGCUAAUCCUGUACAAGCACAUCCAUUAAUUGCUACACGUGUUGUUCAUGUAGAUUUAAGAAAAUCAAUUCUGAAUGAUUCUCAUGCACAAAAUGAAAUUGGUCGAAGAUAUCCACCUGGAGACAUGGUCACAUUUGUAACUAGAACAGGUAGCAAACACGGUGUUGAAUCUCAUACAUUUGCCGUAUCUACUCAAGAGGAUUUAAUGACAUGGUCUAAUGCAAUUAUUGAAGGCGCACAUAUGGCUGUAGCCGGGGCUCAAGAAGUAGUUAUCACUUGCAGAUGGCAAAAUUAUGAUUGUCGUUUAACAUUACACUAUGAUACUGGAUUAAAAUUAAUCUCUUGUCAAUUUCCUAUAGAAUCACAUUCAAUAGCACAAUCUUAUCCACAUGGGAAUAUGACUAGUGGACAUGUGAUAUGGGAGUAUCCAUAUGAAAGGUUGAGGUCAACUGCAGAUGAUGGAAAGACAAUUCUGUGGAUCGAUUUUGGACCAGAUGGAGAAUAUGAAUUAGAUUUACUUGGAUGUCCAAAGCCUGUAGUAUUCAUUCUACACAAUAUAUUAUCUGCCAAAGUAACGAGACGUGGAUUAUUUGGAUAACAUUUCGGGAAACAUUUUAUUUAUUUGUCAAUAUAAAGACAUGCGCACACACUCCCACCUAGUUCUUAACAGCAAUACAACGAAUGGUAGUACAAGUAAAAGGACGGAAGCAUAUGUAUAUUGUAUAAUAAAAUUCUAUGUAUGAAUACAUUGGUAAAUUAAUAUUACUAACUUCGAAUAAUAUUUAAUCUUUAUUCAUUUUUCAAUUAAGCAAUAAAAAAGUUAUUAUAGUCAUUAUCAUUGUGUACGAUACAUUCCAAAUUUAAAAACAUUUACUACUGACAAAUCAUUAUUGUUCAAAUUUGCGUCGAACAAUCACUAUAUGGAUAUCUGUAUAGAGAAGACGAAGUUCACUCUCCAAUAAAUACUUUACAAACUCUGAACCAUGUGAAUAUCUUCUUGUUGUCUGAUAUUCUUUAUUGCUACUUAAUCCCAUUAUCCCAUCCCUUGUUUUCUCCUAACAUUGUGUUGUUUAUUUGGUUUUAUUCCAAUGUGUAGUAAGUGUUUCAUUUUCACUAGAUGACUAGUAGAUUCAAACAAAAAGGUUGUAAUGACAAACGUAAAGGGAGCUGAAAUGAAAGGAAAAUAUUUAGUUUACAUUGGACCAGUUAUUUUUAUCAUCGUAGUUGUUGCCGUCUUAUGAUUUUAUUCUUCUUCUGUGAUACACUACCACUCGUUUUCCUUUCCCUCAAUGAAGAUGUAUUUCUUUGACUCAUCGAAUCUACAGUAAACUAAAAUGUGACUGUUAACAAUUAUGCUGUUUUACUAUUAUUAUUGUUAAUGAUUACCUACUUACUUGCUUUUUAUUAGUAAUUUAUUCUCACUGUCCUUCUGUUUGUUUAAUAACUAAUCCAGUUAUUGAUUGAGUUUUGAAAUGAAACUAAGAAUGAAUUGGUUUAUCUUUUUUGUUUUUUGAAUGUUCGUGGUUUCUGUGAUCAUUUUGAAAAUAAUGAUCGUAGUGGGAGACAUUCAUCUGAUAGUCGUAUGUAGAAAAUGUAUUCUUUGCUGAAAUCCUAAACAUAAUUAUAUCUUACAAAGUAAAAAUUUACUGAUAUUUCAACAAGAUUUUAUUAUGUUUCUCAUUUCGAUUGAAUAACAAAGAUUAAGUUUUUAGUGUUUGCACUAAGUUUAGCAUAUAUAAGCA